AUGCCCUUGACCCCCAACCAAGCUAAUCCCAGCUCCGGCGACGCCGAUGAUGACUACAUGUCCAUGGUCAUCGAGGAGCCGCGGGGCAAGGAGACCUGGACGCAGCGCAAACUCCGGCAGCAGCGCGAGGCCGAAGCGAGAGCACGAGUCCCGUCCAAAGCCGAGCGCGCCGCUGCCGAAGAAGCGCGCCGCGAAGAAGCCCUCUCCUCGAGCGUCCUCGACCCGUCUAAUAAAGGCUUCAAGAUGAUGGCCAAGCUCGGAUUCAAGCCCGGAGAUAGCCUCGGUAAACAGUCUUCGACGACAGAAAGUGUGACGACGCGCGUCGACGAAACUGCAGGAGCGGGCGCAGAAGGCUCUGCGGCUUCGACGGUGACGGCGAGCGACUGGGUCCAAUCACGCGCCGAACCCCUGCGCCUCGUGGUCAAGGACGAUCGCGGAGGAAUUGGACUUGAGAGUGAGAAGAAGCGGAAAUUCCGCGAGGAGGUGGUGGACGUAUCGAAGAAGGCAAAGGCGGAAGAAGGGGAAUAUCGAGAUCGAAUGCGGCUGGAGCGAGAGGAGCGGCGAGUCGAGGCACAGGUUCACGCUGCUCAAAAGGUGGCGGAGAAACUAGACACAGAGGCGGAAGAAUAUGCGCAAGAUACAGUGGAACGAGAUGAUGGGGAGGGUGGUGGCCAGUCGAGUAAGAAAAAGCCAGUCAAUAUGAAGCCCACGUCGCAGAUAAACAUCCUCUACCGUGGGCUUGUACGGGAACGCCAAGAAAGAGAGCGCGAACGACUGGUCCGACAAGCCCUGGAGACGUCUCUACCUUCCUCCUUCUUCCCCAAGCCUCGAUUACCAGGUACCCGAGAGGAGGAAAGCGAGGAUCAAGACGACGAGCACGCCACAGGACCGCAGCAGUCGCGUGAUCUAUCCUAUUUCGAGGAAGAGCAGGAUGAGGAAGACCCCGAGCUCGACGAAUUCAAUGCCUUAGAGGCCACAGAAAAACUUCACAGACUAGUCAUGUUCAUGCGAGACAAAUUCCAGUACUGCUUUUGGUGCAAGUAUCGAUAUGAGGACGAUAAGAUGGAGGGAUGCCCAGGGAUUACAGAGGAAGAUCACGACUGA